AAAACGAAUUGCUGUUUAGAUAUGGUUCUUGUGUGGUUUAGUUGUAGUAAUAAGUGGAAUUGAAUAGAAUUAUAUGUAUAUAGAUACGACAAGCAUCGUAAUACAACUAGUUAAAAUAUGACUGGCUUCCUUAAGGGUCUAGUUGCUGUGACUGUUGGGUCGGGAACGGUUUUGUUGUACCGACAGUACGGAAUAAAGAGCGUCAAAUGUGAAGAAAACGACCAGAGAGAAAACAAUAUAGCAGACACAAGGACGAGAAAGCCUAGAAAGCUCAAUGUCCGGACUCUUGAAUCUGCUAUAUCCCAAGCAGAACAGAUUUUAAAUGGGUUAAAGGCUGAAGUCGGAAGUCCUGGGCUAUCUGUUUCAGUAAGCAUUGAUGGAACUCCUGUGUGGAAGAAGGGGUAUGGUUUUUCUGACAUUGAGAACCAAGUUCCCUGUAAAGCAGAUACAGUCAUGCGUAUAGCCAGUAUCAGCAAACCUUUGGCCAUGCUGGCAGCUGCAAGGCUUAUGGAAGAGGGCAAGUUAGAUCUGGACAAACCUGUUCAAGAAUAUGUGCAGGACUUUCCUGAGAAGGAAUGGAAGGGUGAAAAGGUCACACUAACCACUAGGAUGUUAGUUUCUCAUUUAGGUGGAAUACGCCAUUAUGAAAAGAAGGGCAAAAAUGGUAACAAGGAUGAAUUUCAGUUUGAUGAGUACUAUAUAAAAGAAAAGUAUGAUGAUGUCUGCAAGACCUUAGACUUAUUCAAGCAUGACCCACUUUUAAAGAAACCAGGUGAAGAAUUUCUGUAUACAACCCAUGGGUAUGGUCUGCUAAGUGCUGUCAUCCAAAAAGCAGCAGGAAAAAAAUUUGAGCUCCAGAUGAAGCAAAUUUUUAAGGAUUUGGAUUUAGUCAAUACAUAUCUAGAUGAAAAUGAACCUCUCAUAUACAACAGGGCAAGGUAUUAUGUGAAGAAUAAUAAAGGUAGACUGGUGAAUGCACCUUAUGUUGACAACUCGUGGAAGUGGGCAGGGGGAGGAUUUGUGUCCACAGUGGAGGACCUAGUAAAAUUUGGCAAUGCCAUGUUGUAUGCAUAUCAGUAUCAAGGCAGUGGGAGGGUUGAAACUGAAGGUAGAGGAAAUACAGCUGCUUCAAUUCCUCAUAGUCAAAACCCGCCUGGCUACAUCAAACCAGACACUAUACUAACCCUAUGGACACCUGUGCCAAAGACAAAGUGCAGCUGGGAUGCUGAUGGUUAUUAUGGAAUGGGCUGGGCUGUGGUGCCUUACAUGCAGAAACACGGUGGCUGCCGUGAGCAGAGGUUUUAUGUCAGUCACACAGGGGGCGCUGUUGGUGCCAGCAGUGCACUGGUUGUUCUGCCAAGAAGAUGUGUAGAUCUCAGUCAAAAUCUGCCACAGGGAGUAACAGUGGCUAUCUUAGCAAACCUACAGUCUGUGGGAAUGGGGAAAACUGCUUUAAAAAUAGCAAAAUUGUUUGAUGAAGUUGAUUUGAGUUGAUUUUAGCCACAAGAAUAGUUUUAACUAUUAAAUUUUCAGCAUCAGUUACACCACCUGACUAUUUUCUGCAUCCAGACAAUUUUAUAUUUAUUGGACAGUAUUAGUGGCAAUGGUUUUAUUAUUAUACAAUCAUCAAAGUAGGUCCAUUUUAUUUUACAACAUGCUUCAUAUUUGUUCUUUUAAUCAUUAACGGAUAGGAUAUAGGUUUUGACACAGAAUAAAGAGCUGUUGCAAUUUUACUCAGGUUUUCAAGAAUGUUCAGGUAUUCAGCUAUCAGUGUAUUAUUAGCCCUUUCAAAUCAAAAAGAGCUACUUAAAAUGUCUUUGCUUUUUAAAU